AUGAGUCCCGCGCCGUCACACCCUCUAUCCGCCUCCGCCGAACCGCGUCCGGAGCUCGUGGUCAUCGGCUCCGGCAUCAUCGGCCUCUGCACAUGCUACUACCUUCUCACUUCCGAUGACCUUCCCCUCAACGCUCGAGUGACCCUGGUCGAAAACUCUCGCUCGCAGACCAUCGCCCACGGAGCCUCGUCUAAUGCCGGUGGAUUCGUCGCGGGAGGCAAUCCCGAUAGCGCUUGGUUCGGAUCUACGACGAGCUCCCUUGGGGAGUUGAGUUAUCGCUGUCAUCAAGAACUUGCCCAGUCUAGAAUUGGGGAAUGGGGCUAUCGCGAGACCUCUGCGACGGGUCUAACGGUCGGGCACGGUGAUCAGUCUCGGAGCGCGUACCGAACUUUGCCGAAGGGGACCUCGGAGACCGUCGAGCACGAUUGGCUCGAUGGGCAAAGGGAGGACGUUGGUGCGCAAGGCGGCAUAGCUCAACUGUCAGUGCUACUCAGGCUAUUCUUGGCCCGAUAAGGGAUGCUCCAUCUAAGCGCAGGUUUUCUCGCAGUGAUCCGAGGCAGUUCUGCGCAGAGAUGUACAAGCAUCUCUCGAAGAACCCAAACUUUCGAACCUGUUUCGGUAACUCGACGUCAUUCAAACGUUCGACUUCAGCUGCCCAAGGCGAGCUUCAACUCACUCAAGACAAGAAAUCUUUCUCGAUCCCGGUCUCCAAACUCGUCAUCUGCGCCGGUCCAUGGUCCUCGAUCCUCUGCUCGACACUCCAACUUCCCAAACUCCACCUCAUUAACCUCCCCGGCCACUCCCUCUUGAUCCGACCCAGUCCCGGCUCCCCCAUCUCAGCCGAAGCCGUUUUCGCAGGCAUCAAUGGAGCAGAAGUGGGUAUCCAAGCCGCCACUUCGGGAUUGGCUCGCGAUUUGACACCCGAGGAGGUGGCUCAGGGGUUCACGAAAGCGCCCGAGUUGUUCACGAGGACAUGUGGGGCCAUUUACAUUGCGGGCGAAAACUCGAUGCCUUCGACUGUCGCCGAACAGGUGGGGAUCGAGCCUUCUGCUCAGGAUGGUCCGAACAAGUUACCGGCGAACGUCGAUGAUGUCGAAAAGCUCAAGGAUGACAAACUUGUCGUCAGGCUGAAAAUAGGAGCUGCUUUGGCAUCAGCGAGGUUGGACGAGGCAAAGGGAGCGAUAAUCGAGAAAGAAAAUAAGAGACUGACGAGCGUGUAA